CAGAGUGGAGGAAAUGUAUGUACUCUGAGCUGAGAAAACAUUUUUGCUCUACAGGCAGCAGCACAAGGAAAGGAAAACCAUUUAUUCAGUGUGAAGAAUGAGCGACAGUUUCAAGGAAGAGACACAGUUCAGGGGUCCUUCACUGUCCCUGCAGAGGAGGGUCAUCCAUUUCUCCAGCGGUGAGACUCUGGAGGAAGAUGACAGUGAGGAGGAGGAUACAUUACAAGAGGAGGUGUUUAGGGAGCCUGAAGACAUGCCCAAAUUCCCAUGGAGAGCUUUUACUUGGUCUCUGGGCAGGAAGUCAUUGCGCACUUGUGAUUUUCUUGGGGAAAAACUGGCUGGUGUACUUGGCCUCAACACUGCCAAAUACCAGUAUGCUGUAGAUGAACAUCAGCGUGACAACAAGAACACAGGCAGUAAAGACACCGAAUGCUCCUAUGAGAAAAGAAGGGAGAGAAUCCACGUUUCUUCGAGGAUGAGCAGUGAAUAUGGUGCCACAAGCUCCCACAGAGUCCCUGCUGGUUCUCAAGCCACUGAGCACAGAACUACAGGAUCCCACAACAUGGGUUAUCAAGAUGAUAAUGAGCAUUGAAAAAGAACUAGGCUAAUAAACAAAUCAAAUGUUAUUUGUCACACUGAAUACAACAGGUGUAGACCUUACCGUGAAAUGCUUACUUACAUUUUUUUUUGCAUUGUUUGUUAAGUUGUAAGUAAAAAAAAAAGCUAAAUCAACUAAAGGAAAAAUAGUAACACAAUAGUAUGCAUUGAACGCAUUAAACUUGUUGUGCUAACAAACUAAGAGAGCAAAUAUUUAUAUUGCUGUGUGUAUUUGUUGGUGUUCCUCUGUGAUUUCUACUGUAUUGCACUUUAUCUGACUAUAUUAAUACAAUUCUGAAAUGUUAAUUAAAAACAUGCAGUAUACAUUUUCCAUGCAUGCCUUCAAUUUAGUUGAAUUUCUGACUAAAUGAGUUUUGUACAUUAUGCGUGCAAAUAUCGAAUAAAUGUUCUGGAUAGCACAGAGCAUAGAUAAUUGCUGUGUAUAACUGAUCACUUUGGCUAGGUAUAAAAAAUAAUCGACGAGGAUGGGAUUCGAACCCACGCGUGCAGAGCACAAUGGAUUAGCAGUCCAUCGCCUUAACCACUCGGCCACCUCGUCGUAGUGCUUCCUGUUUUAAAACAGUUACCCUUAUCAAACCACAUGAACUACAUCAUUUUUACCUGACUGCAAAUACUACUGCAUGUUUGUAUGUUCUGUAUUUUUCGCAACAUUUAACGUUGCAUUUUAGAAUUGUUCUGUUUUGAUUUUCAUAAAUAAAAUGUAUUUGUUUUAGCU